CUUAUGGGGUGUUGCUGUUCCAUUAAAUCUCCUAGUCAAACAACUCUUGGAAGAGAGGUUGAGUGCCCUAAGUGUUAAUAACUAUUUCCAUCUCAUACUACAAAUCAUGCUGUAAAAUAUUAAAAUAUAAUUUCAAGUUUAAUGAUCACUUAGAUAAUUGCCUUAUGUCUUCAUAAUAAAAUAUAAAUAAAAUAGAAGAUUACCGAGGAAUUAAAUAUUGGGAAAAGGUUUAAAAUGAAUAAGGAUUUUAAUGGGUAUUAAAAGAAUACAACCCUAGUCUUUAAAUCAAUGAAUAGGUAACUCUGUAAAAUAAAAAAGAAUAUUUAACUAGAACCUUUUGGUUAAAAGUAAGUUUGGUUCAGAGCUAAACUAGAAAAACUUAGAAUUCCUUGGCAAGUAAAUUUAAUAACAAAAAAAUUAGAAUGGAUGUACAAUUCUUUCAGUGUCUUAAAAUCAUUUGUUAGAGUCCUCUUUAGAAAGCAUAAUGAAAUUAAAAUCACGCCUUCUACAUGGGGAAUUAAAAAUUAAAUUUCAAGAAGAUCAAAAAGUCUAGGAUGCUGGAGGUUUGUUAAGAGAAUGGUCUACCUCUAUUCUCUAAUAAUUAGUUGAUUAGGGCUAUUUAUAAAAAACUGAAACUAAAGAACUUACUUAUAAGUUCAAUCCAAAUGCUUAAUCAAAUUAAUUUGACAAACGAUAACUGUUCUCUUUUUUAGGUAUAAUUGUAGGAAAGUGUCUUUUUGAAAGAAUUCCACUUAGUUCAUAUUUAGAUCGAACAAUUAUUAAACAUAUCUUGAGAUAAAAAAUAAUUUUGGAGGAUAUCAAAUAUUUUGAUGAAGAUGUAUUAAUUUAAUAUAUUCAUUUUAGUUAUUCUAUUCAUGGUAAUAUUUAUUAAAUAAUAAUAUUGAUUAAUUAGAUCUUUACUUUUAAUUAGAAUAUUAUGGCAAGACUAUUAAUUUAAAGGAAAAUGGAUGUGAAAUUAAAGUUACAGAUUCUAAUGUUCAGGAAUAUAUAAAUUUAAAGUAUAUUAAAUUAUACAAUUAUUUAUUAGUAUAUUCUACUACACUCAAUAGUUUUUAGAACCUUAUUUAUCAGAUUUUUUAACAGGAUUCUAUUAAGUUAUACCAAAAACUUUAUUAAGGAUUUUCAAGCCAUAGGAAUUAGAAAUGAUAUUAUUUGGUCUUCCUUUCAUAGACCUAUAGGAUUGGUCGAAAUAUACUAUAUACAAAGAUUGUUCUGCAGAGGAUUACUUUAUUUAAUGGUUUUGGUAAAUUCUAAGUACAUGGGAUUAACCUGAACUUUCUUAAUUUUUGAGAUUUUGUACAGGUUCAACUAGAGUACCAGUUGAAGGAUUUAGGUAAAUGAUGAUUAUUUAAAAUAGUAAACUUGAAAGCAAUAGAGGAGAAAUUUCAUAUUUCUGUAUUUAGGCUAGUAAUUUCGAUAAUGAUAAUCCUUAUCCUAAGGCUCAUACAUGUUUUAAUAGAUUAGAAUUACCAAAGUAAAUAUUUGAUCUUAUUAUUUCUUAGAUAUCAAGAAUUAUAAACGAUGGAAGUAUUUCUUAAGGCAACUAUUCAUGAAGCUUUAGAAGGAUAAUUUGGUUUGGAAUGA